AUGGUACCUCGCACAGCCUCCAUCCAGUUUACAACCCCCCUAGGGAAUUCUUCAAGAGAGUAUCUUGAGUCGGUUGCUAGCCGUGAGAUAGCCUGGAUCAAAACAUCUGCAGAUUCCUGGAAAGCGACUAAGAAUGCAUUGCAGUAUACGAGUAUAGAGCAACAUUCACUGGAAGCCCAUAUCGCUUCUUUACAGAAAUACCUGUCCAUAAUCCCCUACAUUAUCCCUAACGACUUUGAACUCGUCUUGCCUCGAAUAUGGCACCCAGAUUUUCACGCUGGAAAUAUCUACAUUGACGACUGCGGGCGAAUUUCAUCAAUCAUUGAGUGGCAAGGCGCGUGGACUACGCCUGUAUUCAUCGGUGCUAACCCGCCGCUGCUUUUAGACUAUGGAAUCGACAUAAUGAUGAAGCUGCCAGACGGCUUUAAAGAGCUGGAUGAAGGGACUAAGGACCAGUUAUGA